AUGUCCAAAGAAGAAUUUGAUGCUGAUAAAGCCACUUUAGAAGAAUUAAGAGAUGUUCUUGUUAACAAAUCAGGAAAUGAAAAACUAAGUAUAAGAUACAGAGCCUUAUUCAAUUUGAAAUCUAUUGGUAAAGAAGACCCAGACAGAGAAAAGGCUCAUAAAGCCAUUAAAUAUAUUGCUGAUACUUUUGGUGAUGAUUCUGAAUUAUUAAAACACGAAGUUGCUUAUGUUUUGGGUCAAACUAGAGAUUUAUAUGCUGCCCCUUUCUUACGUGACGUUGUUGAAAACAAAGAUCAACAAGUUAUGGUUAGACACGAAGCUGCUGAAGCUCUUGGUGCUUUAGGAGAUAAAGAAUCUUUACCAUUAUUAACUAAAUAUUUCAAAGAAGAUCCAUCCAUUGAAAUUAGACAAACUUGUGAAUUGGCUAUUGAUAGAAUCAACUGGGAACACUCUGAUAAAUCCAAGACUGAAACUUUAGAAAAAAAUGUUUUCUACUCCGUUGACCCUGCUCCACCUUUAGAUUCAAAAACUUCCAGUAGUAAAGUUGAAAAAUUGCAAGUUAUCUUGAAUGAUCAAGACGCUCCAUUGUUUGAAAGAUACAGAGCUAUGUUUAGAUUAAGAGAUCUUAACACCGAUGAAUCUUGUUUGGCUUUAUGUACUGGAUUCAAAGACCCAAGUGCUUUAUUCAAACACGAAAUUGCCUACGUUUUGGGUCAAUUGAGUAACCCAGUCACUGUUCCUCCAUUAAUUGAAAUGUUAAAGGAUAGUACUCAAGCUGCCAUGGUUAGACACGAAGCUGCUGAAGCUUUGGGUUCUAUUGCUACUGAUGAAGUUUUAGAAGUCUUGCAAAAAUUCUCUACAGACGCCGAAACACUGGAAGUUGUCAGAGAUUCUGCUAUUGUUGCUUUGGAUAUGUACGAAUAUGAAAAUUCAAAUGAAUUUGAAUAUGCUACUGUUGCUUAG